GGUUUCUUUUGAGUCCAUAAGUUAACAGAGUUUCGAGUAAGUGUGCUAUAGUUUUGCAAACGAAAGAAAUUGGAAAACUUUGUUAAGCUCAAAAAAUAACAAUUUAUCACGGAUCAAUACAUAAUAAGAAUAACGUAGUGCGGUUGUAAAAUAAAAACAAAUACCUUUGAAGAGAGAAAAACGAAAUUUCAAUUUAUUUUUGUAUUGCUAUUUCGUUAACAUUAAAGACAAAAACACAAAAAGAUGCUGUUCGCUGUUGCAUGCCUUUUGUUUAUUCUGGAAGUCAACUCACAACAGUAUACAACUCCUGUACCUAUUUUGAAACAAAUCAAUCGGCACAAUGCUGAUGGUUCAUAUACAUACGGAUACGAGGGUGCGGAUAAAAGUUUUAAAAUAGAAACUAAAUAUCCUGAUGGAGAAGUUCAUGGAAAAUAUGGAUAUGUUGAUGAUCAAGGGCAGGUACGUGAAGUUGAAUAUGGAGCAAGUAGGCGUGGCUUUGAACCUCAAGGAAGUGACAUAAAUGUUGCUCCUCCGACUUUGAAAAGCAGCAAUCCAUAUCCACUAGGCCCCAACGAAAUCGAUGAUGGUCAAUAUCGUGAAGAUCCGGGAGUGUACUAUAAUCAAAACAACAAUUACAGAAACACCGCUCCGAUUGCCUUCCCACAGAACAAUUACCAACCACCACGUCGUCCACAAUGGACGCCACCACCACAACAACAACCACAGCCCCUGCCACCAAGGAACUAUCCAGUAAGCAGAUUUAGCCUUGAUGACCUUCAACAGCCGUCCCGGCCCCAAUGGACACCUCCACCUGCAAGCCCUCAAUAUUACAACCCUCCCCAGCCAAGAUAUCAGCCACAACCACAGCCUCAGUAUAAUCCUCCUCCACAACCAAGCUACCAGCAACCUUAUCCAAACGUUCCCAAUCACCAUCAUCCUGCUCUCAGAAAUAUUGACAUCGCGAGUGGUUCAUACAGCAUAGAUUACACAGGCAGGAAGAUUCGUGGAAUAUUAUUUUGCUCAAUUGUGAGUUUAGUAGUGUCACAAGAUUAUCAAGAUUACGAUCCUUCUGCACGGUCUGCCCCUCCUAGAAUUCGUUCGAGUGCGGGUGGUGGCAAUUCGGAACCUGCAAGAGCUGACCCAGUUGCAAUUUUAAAGCAAAUAAAUAGGCACAAUGAAGAUGGUUCCUAUACUUAUGGUUAUGAAGGAGCAGAUGGUUCGUUUAAAAUAGAAACGAAGCUAGCGACUGGUGAGGUCAAAGGCAAGUAUGGUUACGUUGAAGAGUCAGGUAAGGUCAGGGUAGUCGAAUACGGUGCUAACAAGUAUGGAUUCCAGCCUUCUGGAGAAGGUAUUACAGUUGCUCCACCAACUUUAGUUGAUGAAACAACAAAUAAAAAUCGUGAGGUUCCCGAUUAUGAAGAUGAAAUACGACCAAAUCGUCCCUAUGCUCGUCCAAAUCGUCCACAGUCAGCACCACGUCCACAGCCUGUCCAACAAAGACAACAAUACCCACAAUACGAAGACUAUGAGCAAGAAAACCGCCAACAAUACGCUCCUCCACCACAACAAGCACCUUCAAUUCCUCCAAGACUUCAAAUACCAGGUGCAAGACAGACAGAUGUUGUUUAUUCUCCUCAACAGCGUCCAGCCCGCCCUGAAUUACAAUUCCCUCAAAGCGCGUCUUUUGGAGGAGAUCAAUCGAAUCUUAGACUUUCGAGACCAUCUUACGCACCAGUGCCAAGUGGCAAUACUAUAAAUCAUGAGCCAAUCAGACCAGUGGUGGAACCUGUUCAGUAUAGUCCACGUUCACAACCACCACCACCACCACAACCACAACAACAACUCAGUUAUAGAGCGCCACAACAAGCUCAAGGUAGAAGUAGCUCUAGUCUAUUGGACCAGUUGGCUAAAGAUUAUGCCUUGCCACAAAGUGACACACAACCCUUACAUGAUAUAUCAUUUGGUUACUAUUAAGCCUUAAGCCUUCGAAAGAGUCUGAAAAAUAAACUAAUUAAUAAAUUAUGUAAUUUCAAAGUGAUAACUUUUAGUAGGUAUAUAAAUAAAAGAAAACAAAAAUUACUCUUUCUGCAGACCAAUUUA